GUCUAAAGUAAUCCUGGGUGGCCGCUAGUGUCGGUAAGUUGUUUCCUUGACACACGGCUAAAUAAAGUGUAUGGUGACAUGCACAGCAGUCCAUUACAUCAAGAUCCGCCUGUGCUCAUCUAAAAUCAGAAACUAAGGAGCAGGAGUUUGUGUGUCGUGAGGAGUGAGUUGAUGUGGUGAGUGUGAGUGCCUGGUGGUGGCCGCCCCGCCUGUUGUGCUGCCCCAGACCCCCAGUGUACAGCGGCUUGUGCCCUGCCUCCACUAGUACACAUGGAUCCAGGUAUGGCCCAGGCUCAAAUACAACAGCAGCAGCAAAAAGGAAAUCAGUCUGCAGAUUUUGGACCAGAUAGUGGAGGCAGAAUAAAGGGACUGACCAUAGUGAAACCGCUGAUAUAUGGCAAUGUGGCACGGUACUUUGGAAAGAAGAGAGAGGAGGACGGACACACUCAUGAGUGGACUGUGUACGUGAAGCCUUACAAUAACGAAGAUAUGUCUAACUAUGUGAAGCAGAUACACUUCAAGCUGCAUGAGAGCUAUGCUGACCAGAACAGAAUGUUAACUGCACCACCAUAUGAAGUCACAGAAACAGGCUGGGGGGAGUUUGAAAUUGUCAUCAAGAUAUAUUUUCAUGAUCCCAAUGAGAGACCAGUGACAAUAUACCACAUCCUGAAGCUCUUCCAGUCUCCCCCUGGUACCACCCCUGCUGCUGUGACGGGAGACUUCAAAAAGCCACUAGUAUCGGAAUUUUAUGAGGAGCUGAUUUUCCAAGACCCAUCUGCCAUGAUGCACCAGCUGCUCACCAACACACGGCAGCUCACCCUGGGGGAGUACAAACACGACACUGAUUUUGAGGAUAAAAAGGAGAAAACCAUAAAGAACCUGCUAAAUGCCAAAGAGAAGAUCUCAAAUGAAAUUGCUGAUUUGCGGGAAAAGAUCAAACUUGCUAAAGAUACCAUUACCAAGUUCAAGGAUGAGAUCAGUAAAUAUCAAGGAGACAUGUCUGUGGAUGUGUCUGGACUCUCAUAGUGUUAGAGAGAGAAACAUGACAUUCCUCUCAUUCUCCCUGACCAGGCUUGUGAUGGGUCAAAAUAAUGCAUCACCAGGACUGUAUGCAUUGUUGAGGUGCUGUCUGCAUUGAUGAAGUGCAGAUUCACCAGUCCAGUCACUGAAGAUAUGAAGUGGUUGCUGUUGGCCUAAGGAACUGUGGUCUGAUCAACAGCUUCCCAGGUUUCCUUGCACCAAUUAGACCAGCCCCUGCCUGUCCUAGAUUCCCUAGCUCACACUGAAGAAGAUGACAGAAGUGGCUCUUAAGAAACUGGUCUUGAUUCACCAGCUUCCUCAGUUUCCCUGCACCUAUUGAACCAGCAUCCUCCCAAACCCACUACUGGAGAUGGAUAGAUGAAAGUUGCCUUAAAAUGGUAUGGGGGAAAAAAAGCCAAGAAAAUGUGUUGUAACUCAAAAAUUUACAAAUUUGUCAAAAAAAUAUGCCAAAAAUCUGAAAAAUCAAAAAUACUCCAAAGACUCUCCACAGAUUUUGUAGUAGUAUUUGUUUAAUAAAAAGUAUGUACAUGUUC